UUCUUGCCAGCAGUCACUCCUGCAACAGCCAUCAUCAUGGUUAGGUGGUUGCGAAUCUAAUGUCUCCCAUCGGCCAGUCCUUUUAGCCGACACGACCCUUUUAAAGUUUGAAGAACAAAAACAAAACAAAACAAAAAAAAAACAUAAAAAAAAGCAGCUCUUUAUUGUAAUUCGAACAUGUCCGUCUGUUGGGUGUCAUCGCUUGUGCUGUCGUCGAUCAUCGUUGCAGCUACACCGUACAAAAUUCUCGUCUUAACGCCAAUCACAUCGGCCAGCCACACGAACGUCUUCAAUCCUCUGGUGGAAGCUUUAGCCGAACGCGGUCAUGACGUCACUCAUUGGAACGGAUUGGAGAUUGCGUCGACUUCCAACUCGUCCAAUUUACGUCGACUUUACUCGCCCAAUCUGGCCAAAAUCAACAAGGAACACAACGUGAAUUUCAACGAUCGCGACAGUCCGUUACGUCUUCUUUUUCGAGUGCCGAAAACGGUGGCCCGUUAUUGCAGGGCCAUUCACGAAGAUGCGAUUUUCCUACAGUUGAUGAACGCCAAAGAUGAAGGUUACGAUCUAAUCAUCGCCGAGGGUUUCUUCAACGAUUGCACUUUGCUGCUGGCUGAAUUGUUCGAUGUGCCUUUCAUUUAUCUCAACUGCUUCGUGCCACCGCCCUGGUUGCAAUUCGCCAUCGGCACGCCGUUCGCCUUCGAUCAUUUCCCUCAUUUGGGGCUCAGUUUUCGUGACAAAAUGAAUUUCUGGCAGAGAACGUUGAACACGGUGACGGGCUUCUUGUUGGUCGCUUUCCAUCAUUGGUACGUUGUUCCGAUCAUCGACCAGGCCUCUUCGCGAUUAUUGGGUGCCGAUAACGCAACGUCUAUCUUAGAGAUCGAAGAUCGCUAUCUCAGCUUGUUAUUGACCAACACCCAUUUUAGCAUCAAUUAUUUGAUGCCUACGUCACCUGCCGUCGUUCAAGUCGGAGGAAUGCAUUGCGUUCCACCUAAACCAUUAUCUCCGGAUCUGGAAUCGUUUGUCGAUGGCUCUGGUGACGAUGGAUUUAUCAUCGUCAGUUUCGGAUCGAUUUUGAAAGGGGUCGAAAUUCCGGAUGAUGUCCGUCACAUUUUCAUGUCGACCUUCUCGCGAUUGCCGCAACGUGUCAUAUGGAAAUGGGAGGACAAAGGCAUCCUGUCCGACGACGCCAUUCCGGCUAACGUCAAACUCGUGUCUUGGUUGCCACAACAAGAUUUGCUGGGUCAUCCAAAGGUCCGUCUUUUCAUCACACACUGCGGUCUGUUGAGUAAACAAGAAGCUAUUUAUCAUGGCGUCCCGUUCAUCGCUUUGCCCGUCUGGUCCGAUCAACCAAUCAAUUCGCAAAAAGCUCACGACGACGGCUACGCCAUCCGAUUGUACUGGAACAAUUUAACGCAAGAAGUGCUUUACGAGGCCAUUCAGCUCAUUCUCACCGAUCCAAGGUAUGGUGAGAAGAUAAAACAGGUUUCAUACAUAAUGCACGAUCAGAUGGAACCUCCUGUGGAACGGGCCAUCUACUGGAUCGAAUACGUCAUCCGCCACGAGGGGGCUCCACACCUUCGUAGCGCAGCCAGGGACCUUCCGAUUUAUCAACGAGGUCUUCUCGACGUGAUUCUUUUUCUCUUUGUUGUUGCAUCGCUGACGGCCUACCUGUUUUUCCGUCUGUGUCACUUGGUUCUUUUUUCAACGCCAAUUCGUCGGUGGCAAAUAUCGAACGUGAAUCUAAAGAAAAAAAAUUGAAAUUGCAAACAAAAACAUUAAGCUGCUGUCAUAAUCAUUCAGAUUUCGUACAUAGAAAAAAAAAUCCGCAGUUGGAUCAGUCGUCUGGAAUAACGUGUUAAAAAUAACCACUGAACUUUAUACGUGCUGCAUUCAAAUGGAGUUCAUUACGAAUUGAAUUUUGUUUUUCUUUGUCGAUGAUUAUAUAUACUUUCCAGUUAUAGUAGCUAUAAUUACAGAACGUGCUGUGUUUCGUCCGUUCCAUUUUUUAAAGAAUGGGAAUACCAACAGGUUUUUUUUCUUUUUAAAAGAAAAGAAAAAGAGUCUAAAUUUCUGGUGGCAAUAAAACUACACAAUUUAAUAUGCAAUUAUAGGAACAAAACGGAAUCGGAUGAAUGAAUCAGUGUUAUACAGAAUGACGUGCGAAACAUUUCAUGUUUAUCUCUUGUUUAUACUACAGUACCCGCCCUUAGUAUCCGAACGCUAGGGCCAUUUAACCCAGCGUCUUAUGGCGAAUGGUGUGUAGCGCGGAUAAGGAAAUGGGGUAGUAUAUUUUUAAAUAAAGCUACAAAAUAACUUUUCUAGUGUUAAAUAAACAAUAAGCUAUCUAGUA